CGAUCCCCCGUGACCAAGCGGAGUACGCACACUCGCUGCAACCAACAGCGGCUCCUGGCCGAAUACCGAGCUCCCGGAGAACUGGACUGAUACCCGCGAGACGCUGCUGGAGGGGAUGCUCUUCAGCCUCAAGUACAUGGGCAUGACGCUGGUGGAGCAGCCCAAGGGAGAGGAGCUCUCCGCGGCCGCCGUCAAAAGGAUCGUCGCCACUGCGAAAGCGAGUGGAAAGAAACUGCAGAAAGUGACUCUGAAAGUCUCGCCCAGAGGGAUCGUGUUAAACGACAGCGGAACAAACGAGCUGAUCGAGAACAUCUCCAUAUACAGGAUAUCCUACUGCACGGCAGACAAGAUCCACGAUAAAGUGUUUGCCUACAUUGCCCAGAACCAGCUCAAUGAGAACCUGGAGUGCCAUGCCUUCCUCUGUACCAAACGGAAAAUGGCGCAAGCGGUCACCCUCACCGUAGCCCAGGCCUUCAAAAUCGCAUUUGAGUUCUGGCAAGCGGCUAAGGAAGAGAAGGAGAAGCGGGAAAGGUCCAUCUUGGAAGGAGAAGGGACGAGCAGCCCCAGCUCAGAAGGACCUGCCCACCCCGACGCACCAGCAGCCACAGGGAACUUGCUGGAUUUAGAAGAUCCUGCCAAAUCGCCCCUGACCAGCAGCGCAAACUCCCCACACUUAGAUAACAGCGUGUUUGGGCCCAGCUCCUCUGUAAAUAACAACGUGGUGUGGGAAAUGGAUGAUGGUCUCGACGAGGCAUUUUCAAGACUGGCUCAGUCGAGAACAAACCCGCAUGUCCUUGACACGGGACUGACGGCUCAGGAUAUCCAGAGUGCCGAAACGCUCUCACCUGUAGACUGGAACAAAAUAGAUUCCAACACAGGCGAGAAAGAUGAUCUGUUCAUGUUUUGAGGUCAGAUGCAUCUAACAGCUGACAAGAGAAUAACCACUAAAAGUCUAUGGACUGAAUCAUGCUGUUCCGGGUGCUGUACGCAAGGGACUCUUCUGAGGGCUCUUCACCAAGUCGGUUGAUGUUACAGCACAGUUUAGACCAAAGCUUUAGAAAUCUAAUGCAGAUUUUUGUACUUUGCUUUUAUCUAAACCACGAGAUGCUCUUCACCAUAUUUAUUCAUAGCCGUUACAGUUUACAUAUAUUAUUGGAAGGUGUGUAGAGCAUCUACAAUAUUAGGUGGCAAUAUACCAUGGAAGAACCUUCAGCAGUGCCUGUUCCUCUCUGAAAAAGACUAUGCAACGCCAAAGUCUCUCUGUAUGUACUUUUCUAGACGAAGGUCUGCAGAUGCAAAUGCAAUUGCAAGCACAACUGUUACUAAUCCACUGUUUCUUGAACAACACAUCACCUGCCUAGGCGGAGGGGAGGAGAUUUGCAGCAGCUGCUAACAGUGUUAAAAUCAAAGAGGUAGCAGAGAUCUUGCUUUUGUUGUGAAUGUCUGUGAUACUCUCACAGUUGUCAAUCACCCCUACGUGUUCUGGCUGUUUCUUUGCCAGCUUCGUAUGGGAAUUGACGCUUUUUUACCCAAAGACUCUAUGAAGUUUUGCACUUUAAAACUUGAACUGAAAGCAAUGGUCCGAAUUGUCAAGGUAAGCACUGCCUGUAACUUCUCUUCAGAAGCUGUUUACCCAAAAAAACCCCAACCCAGCAAUGCUGCAGGUCUGUUUCAAAACUGACUACUCACGCGCACCGUUUCUGAUGCCACUCAAAAUACUAAGGCUCCGUUGCACUGUUGGCUUUAAAAGCAAAACCACCAGGGAGUAACAAUUUGUUUUGCUAAAGCAUGUUGAAAGUUGCGGGUUGGGUGAACCCAGUAGCACAAUAGAUCUGUGUUCUUAGCUCGGCUAAGUGGAUUUGGCUGUGCAUGCCUUUUUGCUGUCUCAAAACCAUUUGGUUGUUGCUCACAGUCAAUAGACUCAAAUGGAAUUGGAUUAGGCAAGAGCAAUACCUGGAUGUUCAAUUAGCAAGAGGUGCCCCUUCCAGCGGUACUCCGAUCCUCUUCCCCCCGACACCCGCAUCUCCCGUGAGGCUUGGGAAGCUGUCUUCAUCUGCUCCUGGAAUUGAAAAUAAGUAAUGGAGGUAUAAAGCUUAUGCUAAUUAAAAGAUUAAGUUUAAUGAUCCUAAAUAGUUGCACUGACAGUUUGCAGUGUUUGUGGCCUUAUGUGAAGUAAACUAAUCUGUUUUAUAGAUUUGUAACUUGGUUUUGAAACACUAAUUCAUUCCCCAGAUAGCUCUUUAUAACUCUCUUAAAACUGCUUGCAGGAAAAAAAAAAAAAAGAAAACCCUCUUUGGCAGCUGUAAGAAUUUAUUAGGAAACAGCUGAGUGACUCUAACUUAGAUUUGAUUCCCCCCCCCAAGUGUUGUUGUGAUAAGGUAUCGAGGACUUGUGAAGCUGACUCAUCAUGUCUCUUAAUAAAAUGUGUGCUCUGUUUAUCCUGUAAAAUUGUGUUUAAAGCAAUUUUACAUCUUGAAACUACUGUGCCCAUGACUUAUUUGAUCGUACGUGUAGCAUCAGUCUCGCGACUGAAGGAAUUAUUCAAAGCUUGUCCGUGCUACAGAGGCACACGGCAGAGACAUGAACCUGUUGCGUAAGCAACGCCAAAACUGCGCUGAAGUGGUUGUAGCAAGCGCCUUGUCCUGACCCCGGGGAGUGGUGAUCUUCCUAGGAAAGAGCUUGGGCUGCAGGAAUGGACUGUGAGGAUUUCUCUGUACAUUGGUAUUUCUCCUUUUCUAGAGAUUCUAGGAGCAUAUACUGAAAUGCACAAUACUAUAUAUGUAUGUAUAUAGUUUUUUAAGAAAACCUUCUGCUGUAAAGAAUAUCUGUACUGAGGAAAAUAAAAGUUCU